UCCCCAAGCCGGGGACGGCACGGCCCAGGUGCGUGCGCCGCCCUCCUGCGCCGAAUUCUCCAGCUCGGCGCGAGCGGCUCGGGCGCGCCCCCGGCUCCAUUUUUCUCGCGCCCGCCACACCUGGGGCCGCGCCUCUGGGCCGGGGAGCGGGCGGCGCGCAGCUGGUGCCAGCGGCCGGAGGCAAGGGCGCGGCGAGGGCGCCAUGGCGCGGAGCCCGGGACGCCCGUGCGCGCUGCUGCUGCUGCUCCUGGUCUGCUUUAACUUUGGAAAUGGACUUCACUUUGAGGCCAUAAAUACAAGGAAUGAAAAUAAACCACUCGCCAAGCACGCUCACGCACGGUACAAACGGGCCUGGAUCACUGCCCCAGUGGCUCUUCGGGAGGGAGAGGACCUGUCCAAGAAGAAUCCCAUUGCCAAGAUACAUUCUGAUAUUGCAGAAGAAAGAGGACUAAAAAUUACGUACAAAUACACUGGAAAGGGGAUUACAGAGCCACCUUAUGGUAUAUUUGUCUACAAUAAAGACACCGGAGAACUGAAUAUUACCACCAUUCUUGAUCGAGAAGAAACUCCAUUUUUUGUGCUAACAGGUUAUGCCUUGGAUAGCAGAGGAAACAACCUGGAAAAACCAUUAGAUCUACGUAUUAAAGUUCUUGAUAUCAAUGACAACGAGCCAGUGUUCACCCAGGAUAUCUUUGUUGGGUCCAUUGAAGAGCUGAGUACAGCACAUACUCUUGUGAUGAAAAUCAAUGCAACAGACGCAGAUGAACCCAAUACCCUGAAUUCUAAAAUUUCCUAUAGAAUCGUAUCUCAGGAACCUGCUAAUCCUCCCGUGUUCUACCUAAACAAAGAUACAGGGGAGAUUUUUACGACCAGCAUUGCCUUGGACAGAGAGGAACACAGCAGCUAUACUUUAACAGUAGAAGCAAGAGAUGGGAAUGGACAGAUAACAGAUAAACCAGUAAAGCAAGCUCAAGUUCAGAUUCGUGUUUUGGAUGUCAAUGACAAUAUACCUGUGUUGGAAAAGGAAAUGUAUGAAGGCACAGUUGAAGAAAAUCAAGCCAAUGUGGAAGUGAUACGCAUAAAAGUGUUCGAUGCAGAUGAAAUAGGCUCUGAUAAUUGGUUAGCAAAUUUUACAUUUGUGUCAGGAAAUGAAAAGGGCUACUUACACAUAGAAACCGACACUCAAACGAACGAAGGGAUUGUGACUCUUGUUAAGGAACUAGAUUAUGAAGAAAUGAAGAGUCUUAACUUCAGUAUUAUUGUCACUAAUAAAGCAGCUUUCCACAAGUCAAUUCGAAAUAAAUUUAAGCCCGUAGCCAUUCCCAUCAAAGUAAAGGUGAUAAAUGUGAAAGAAGGCAUUUAUUUUAGAAGCAACACCAUCCACGUUCGCGCCAGUGAAGGCAUGGAUAUUACGAGCCAAAGCCGGACACUUGGGACAUUUCAGGCUUUUGAUGAAGACACUGGACAACCAGCCCGUGCGAAGUAUAUAAAAUUUGAAGAUGCAGAUAAUUGGGUUUCUGUGGAUUCAGCCACAUCUGAAAUUAAACUUGUAAAAGUCCCAGAUUUUGAAUCCAGAUAUGUGCAGAAUGGUGCCUAUACUGUAAAAGUUGUGGCUGUGUCAGAAGAUCUUCCUAGGAAAACCAUCACUGGCACUGUCAGUAUCAUGGUUGAGGACAUCAACGACAAUUGUCCCACCCUGGUGGAGCCUGUGCAGACGGUGUGUGAUGAUGUGCCGUAUGUGAAUGUUACCGCAGUGGACCUGGAUGGCUACCCAAACAGUGAUCCUUUCACUUUUGUUAUCAUUGACAAACCACCAGGAAUGGCAGAGAGAUGGAAAAUAACAAAGCAAGAAAGUACCAGUGUGCUACUGCAGCAAAGUGAAAGACAGCUUGGAAGAAGUGAAAUUCAGCUCCUGAUCUCAGACAGUCAAGGCCUCAGCUGCCCCGAGGAGCAGGUCCUGCAGCUCACCGUUUGUCAGUGUCAGAAUGGCCUGGGCUGUGCCGCGAUGCAGCGUGAUUCCUAUGUCGGCCUGGGGCCCGCAGCCGUUGCACUCAUCAUCUUGGCCCUUCUGCUCCUGCUGCUUGUUCCACUCUUACUGCUGAUAUGCCAUUGUGGAAAUGGUGCCAAAGGCUUCGCCCCCAUCCCUGGCACUAUAGAGAUGCUGCACCCCUGGAACAAUGAAGGGGCACCGCCGGAAGACAAGGUGGUGCCGUCGCUUCUGGCCGUGGACCACGGGGAGAACCUAACAGUGAGAAAUGGAGUAGGCAGUAUGAUCACCAAGGAAGCCACCAUGAAAGGGAGCAGCUCUGCUUCCUUCACCAAAGGGCAGCAUGAGAUGUCUGAGGUGGACACCAGGUGGGAGGAGCACCGAAGCCUUCUCUCUGCCGGGGCCACGCAGGUGACAGGGCCGGCAGGAGUCGGGCUGGGCACUGAAACCAUGAGGACCGUAAGAGCCACGGGGGCUUCCAGGGACGCGCUUGGAGCACAAGCGGCUGCAGUUGCGCUGAAUGAGGAAUUCCUACGAAGUUAUUUCACCGAUAAAGUGGCCUCUUACGCUGAGGAGGAUGACAUCCACGUGGCCAAAGACUGCCUUCUGGUUUAUUCUCAGGAAGACACUGAAUCUCUGCACGGUUCCAUUGGCUGUUGCAGUUUCAUUGAAGGAGAGCUAGACAACCGCUUCUUAGACGAUUUGGGACUUAAAUUCAAGACAUUAGCUGAAGUUUGCUUGGGUCAAGACAUAGGUACAGAUAUGGAAAUUGAGCAGAGGCAAAAACCUGUCCCGGCACCAAGAGUGAACACAGCUUCGCAUUCACUCUAUGAGCAAGCAGUGGUUAGUUCAGAGAACGCCUACUCCUCUGGCAGUAGCUUUCAAGUUCCAAAACCUUUGCAUGAAGCAAGUGCAGAAACAGUGACUCAGGAAGUGGUCACCGAGAGAUCUGUGUCUUCUAGGCAGGCUCAAAAGGCAGCUGCACCUCUUGCUGACCCAUUGGCUUCUAGUAAUAUCAUAGUGACAGAGACGUCCUAUGCAACGGGUUCUGCUGUGCCACCAAGCACUGUGAUCCUGGCCCCUAGACAGCCCCAGAGCCUUGUGGUGACCGAGAGGGUAUAUGCUCCAGCUUCUUCCUUGGUAGAUCAGCAUUUUGCUAACGAAGGCAAUGUCACGGUCACUGAGAGAGUCAUACAGCCUAAUGGGGGCAUACCUCAUCCUCUCGAUGGCACUCAGCAUCUGCAAGAUGCCCAUUAUGUCAUGGUAAGGGAAAGAGAGAGCAUCCUUGCCCCCAGCUCCGGGGUGCAGCCCACUCUGGCCAUGCCCAGUGUAGCAGCAGGACAAAAUGUGACAGUGACCGAAAGAGUGUUAGCACCUACUGCUCUGCAAUCCAGUUACCAAAUGCCAUCCGAAGCCUCUGUCAUGACUCGAAAGACCAUGGUGUCUGGAGCUGGAGCCUCUGGCCCUUUGCCAAGUUUUGGUCUAGAAGAAUCUGGUCAUUCUAAUUCUACUGUAACCACAUCUUCCACCAGAGUCACAAAGCAUAGCACCGUCCAGCAUUCUUACUCCUAAACAGCCAUCAGCCAAAAGCUGAUGCAGAGUUCAACUAGUAGUGACUGAACAUGUUUUCCAUAUACCAGACAUUCUGUGAGCCUUACUGGCGUGCACUGAUGCGCACACAUUGAGCUUACACUUUGUCUCAGACACUCAUAGGCCAAGCACCCCACCCCCACUGUCUGCUUCCAGGAGCACGUGUCAGAAAUGCUCUGUGAUUUCCCGAGGACUCGGUGCUGAUGCUGUUGCUUUUAGUGAGUUUUGCAGACAAUAUUAACAAAAGGUAAAUAGGAAAUCUGGCUUCUGAGAAUUUACCAAGUGAACACAGUGUGUCCAGUUCAUCAGCUGACCCCUAGAGCGACCCGGACACUGACUGGAUCUCACUGCAUUCUCUACUUUACUGCACCUAACAGAUGGUGCGCAUCUCAUCUGCCCAAAGAUACUUGCACAGUCUGGGCUGCCAGUUUUACUGCUGGUUUUCCUGAAGCCCUUUUCAGUCUGUGUGAGAUUAAAGUUUGGGACACUGACAUGAAAAGAACACACACUGUAUGUUUCUGUGCCUGUGAAUGCACUCGUGUGCUCUCACACCCUUGUAUGGUCUUAAAAGUAGCAUUAUAUGGUCCUGUCUCUCAGCAAUCCUGACAAUUUAGGAUAAAUGCAUAAAUAAAUAAUUGUCUUUUAUAGUAAUAAAAUGCAGCAAUAAAUGAAAGCUCAGGAUACAUUAUCUUCUGAGCAGCUACAGUUUACUGCAGCUAAGUUAGCCAGCUAUAUUUCUACUAUGGUAGAUACUGUGCCUAUUUCACUGCUGUAUCUCCUGGGAACUAACCUGGUACCAAAUGAAUACUUGCAGAAUUAAACUAAGCUUGACAAACCAUUCUCUUUUAUUGCCAAAAUGUCAAAUGACUGCAUAUUUCUAUAAUUAUGAUUUAAUCUGAUGUCUCAGGGUAGGUAAGUGGCUGAUAAAGACUUCCUCCAUGAGUAGUAACCUGACUUGCACAAUAUCCUUGCCUUUCUUCUUAGAAGUCAUUUGGGUUAUUUAGCACCUUAAAUAGAGUGCAUUUUCCUGCUCCUAGAGAUAAUAUUUUAAUAUGCAUAUCAGUCAUUUAUAUAUUUUCCAUAACAAAAUUAUUUUCAUAAUUCUUAGAUACUAAUUUCUUGACUUUUAAGAUAUUUUUCUGCAGAAGUGAAACUUUUUAAAUCUACUUUUGUAGACAUUUUCUAAAACACUGUUUACCUGAAUUGUGUUUGCAAAGGAUUUAUACAGUGUGCUCCCACUCAGAGUGUAGAAGUAAGGGCAAAUAUUUUUGGCAUCAUGAGCUAAGAUCAUGGCUAAGAUGGAAGAUACUUUUCUUUGAUAAUCUAGAAUUUUUUACUCUGCAUAAUAAUUGUUUCUUUUUUUAUUAUUGACUUAGAUAUUUUUGCAAAGUGCACAACAGGAUUGUCACUGCUGUGUGCAAAAUGUAAAUAUGACCUGUGUACUCAGAACAUACCUGGUCUUAAGCUUCCUCUUUGGGCAGGCUUGACAACCUGAGCUAUAAGUUGUAUAUUGCAAUCACACUUUCUACAUGGUUUCCUGUAUUCCUGAAAAGGUGAUUUGCAUUCAUUUUUACAUUUGUUCCUUGGAAGCUUAUAUUUGUAUGUGUGUCAUCAUAAAAUAUUUAAAUAAAAAGACUGCUUUCAAGUGA